GUUUCUUCCUUGGUUGAUUCAUUUAUUUAGCAAGAAGCAGACAAGAUUCUGAAGUUUAAGGGACAAAGAGCAGAAGAGGAUUUAUGGGUCUCAUUCAGUCAUCUAAACGUUCACAGGUCAUCCUGAUGGGUUUGGACUCUGCGGGAAAGACCACUUUGCUGACUCGACUCCUGACCGGACAGGUGAUGAUGGACACGUCACCAACCGUCGGAUUCAAUGUCGGAUCGUUCGAUGUGGACAAGAGGACGUCUCUGACAGUUUGGGAUGUGGGAGGCCAAAAAAGCAUGAGGCCCAACUGGAGGUUCUACCUGGACGAAUGCAAGGCGCUGGUCUUUAUGGUUGACAGCAGCGAUCCCAGUCGGAUGCCCGAGGCCCAGAAGGCAUUGAAGAAGGUGUUGAGUGAAGAAAGGUUACGAGAUAUUCCGUUGAUGGUGCUCGCUAACAAGGUGGACCAGCCUGGCGCCAUGACUGUACAAGAGAUCUCCAACCAACUGGGACUGUCCAACUAUCCGCACCUGCGAUGGGAGAUUCAAGCAUGCAGCGCGCUGAAAGGAAUCGGUCUGCGUCAGGCCUUUACGUCCGUCGCCAAGCUCAUCAAGAAGAACUAACUUGAAGGCGUGAGGAAUAAGAGGAGGAGAAUACGUGAAGAAUGUGAAGAAGUGUGAUAGAAAAACAACAGUUGUGUAUUCGACUAGCAUUCUUUCUUUCAUCAAACCAGACACAGGACAUUGUGUGACAAACUUUUAUUUAUCUAUGUUUGUGAGGUACAAUGAACAGAGGGCAUAUUCUUUGGUUGUAGAAGUUCUUUUUACAAAAAAGAAAACAAUUAUGUCGUGUUGUAUUUGUGAAAGCCAUCAGAGCCAGUCCGUUCUAUACAUUUUCAAACUGGUUGAUCAUAGUUGAGUUGACUUUUGCGUAGUUCGCCAGCAGCUACGUUGCGAAGCCAUUGAGCAGUUAGCAUGUGAAGCUAAAACAACAAACACUGUUAUAUUUCUUGAUAAACGAUUUCUUGCCAGAUUGAGUUUUGCGCGGUUAGGCAAAGGCAACAUAUUGCUAAGCCAUUGAACAGUUAGCAUGCGAAGCUAAAAACAACAAACACGCUUACAUUUGUUGAUAAAUGCUUUUCUUGCUAGAUAAACAUGGAAUGUGCUCAUAUUAAGUUUGGCUAAAUGUUUUGCCGUCCAAAAAUCAAAACCUCUCUACUUCUGGGUGACCAUACUUCAGUCAACAGCACAUGAAUAUUUCCCAAACAAGGUCUGCUCCAGUGUUUUUGCGCUCAAUUCUCCUCUGUUCACCAACUCAGACAGAUAGCGUGUUUGUGCUCGUGCUUUUCAGUGUACGAAAUGCGUUCACAAUAAAUCAUCUCUAAAACGUG